AAAAAAAAAUCUUUAUUUGCAAGCUUUCAGGUGGACUCACCCUUCCUCAGGCAUAGCAGAAUGUUGUUUGUCUGCUUGCUUCUUCUCUUUCUGCUUCCUUUUUCCAAAAAUAUGGGCAAUGAAACAAUAGUAACAUGUUUAAAAAUGGCAAAGUUAAUUACAAUAACUAUAUAUGUUCUGUAGCGAUAGACUGUACUAGAAAUACUAAAUGAAAAAAAAAAAAGAACAUGGGUUGCUUUAGCACGUGGCAAGACUCAUGAAACACUCUUCAGAGCGCUUUCACUGUAUCCUGAAACAUAUUCUGUUAUGCUGGCUCUGAUUUGCAUUUGGAGAUCUUUGAUCUUCACGUAGAAACAUUUACAUAAACUUUGUGACAAAUAUGCCAUUACAAAUGUUCUUGUAUACCUUUCUGAUAGAAAUAUUUUCUUAAAUCAGGAUUUGCCUACUGCAGAAGGACCCGUAGAGAAAGCAAGUGACAUGAAAUUUAAUUUAGUGAAGAUCUCCUCCCUCAUGAACCAUGCCUGAUCAAAAGUGGUACAGACAUAACUGCAUCAAAGAACCAUUUUGUGUUCUCAGCACCAGCGGUGGUUUGAAGACGAGGCGGAGAAAUGUGCUAUUUCGUAAUAAGUUUUUAGACACUUAUUCUGGUUAUCCAGAAGACAUGACAACUCGCUCAGAUUACAGUUUGAACUUCAGUAACAACAGAAAUCGUAGAAGAAUUCAGUUUUUACAGGCAUUCAAAACACCAGAGGCAGUAGCUUGGGCAGACAUUUCCCUUUCAGAAGAUCAAGAGUUCCCCCAUACAUCUUCAAACUCAGUCCUUACAGCAACAGAAACCCAGGAUGAUAUUUAUAUGGAACCCAUUAAUGAUUCUAAAAUACCAAUGGAGAAAAACAGUAAAGAGAAGAUGGCUUUUCCAACAAGACUCACAAGACCAUUUGAAUUGUCCAGAAAAUCUGGAGUAAUCAUGGAAGCAAUGUCUCACACACCUGACUAUUCCUUAUUCAUGGAUAUUGAUCCUUCAAAAUCAGGAGGUUUCUUGGACAGUCUUGGCACAGCUGCACUACAACCUCUGCUCCUGGACCAUGAUGGUAGCAUGCAAGAGGAAUCGAUAAUCCAGAGCAAACAGGUGCUCCCAAUUCUAGACUGGGUUGGUGAAAAACUAAGGACUAAACUGCAUAUGUCCUAAACUGAGCAUCCCGUCAUUCUGAUCAUCAGGUUC